AUGACGGAAAAACCGAACGAAUAUUUAGAGAUUAGUUCAAAGAAUGAGAUGCUUGUAAUAUCACGGAUUCAAGAAUUCAUACCUAAAAUCGCAGCAGCCAACGAACAGCUGUCAUCAGUCGAUCCGGAUGAUCUCGACAUAAUGAAGAUUGAAGAAGAUGCCGAGCAAGAUCUCCUAAUAUGUCAUCCCGAAAACGACUCGUCCAACGAAGAGUUUCCCAAAUAUAAACAUGAUACUAACACUAUAGAUGACGAUGAAGACAUAAUAAUGACCACUGAACCAAUAAGUUCCAAAUUACGUUCUAGACCAAACAUAACUAUGCUAGAUGACACAGAGGAUUUGAGUGUGAGAAUUGAUUCAGAAUGCAACAAUUUGCAAAAAUAA